ACAGAAGAAGAAGAAGUAGGUGAAAGGUCUGUGUGUUGGGUACUUUGACAGCAGUAAGGUGCUUUUGAAGAGCGUUGGAUUUGGAUUUUUACUGUGUCAGAAGUAGUCGUAGAACGGGUUAGCAAGUGUAUUACUUCCCAAGUUUGCCAUUCCGACUUUUCUUACAGUCUGACAUAGAUGUAAAAAGCAAAGUUCAUUAGCUAAAUAACAUUAGCUAGAACACAGCUCUAGCCAAGCAUCAACGUUACUGACGUUAGGAUUCUUGUCAACAUUGAAUUGUAUUCAGUUAGCAGCUAAGCAUUUUGGUGACCAGCUAACCUACGUACGAAGAUGUCUAAGCAACCGCAACCCAUCAGCCCUGUGAAGAACUUCUUUGCAGGGGGUUUCGGAGGUGUUUGUCUGGUGUUUGCUGGUCAUCCACUCGACACCAUUAAGGUGCGUAUACAAACCCAAACGAAACCAGCUCCGGGCCAAUCACCUCUUUAUGCUGGUACUUUUGAUUGUUUCAAGCAGACGCUUGCCAAAGAGGGUGUCAAGGGGCUCUAUAAAGGCAUGGCCGCUCCUAUCAUAGGGGUAACGCCCAUGUUUGCAGUUUGCUUUUUUGGCUUUGGUUUAGGGAAGAAACUACAACAGAAAACUCCAGAUGACAUCCUGACGUAUCCUCAACUUUUUGCAGCUGGAAUGUUGUCAGGUGUCUUCACCACUGCCAUUAUGGCACCAGGGGAGCGUAUCAAGUGUCUACUACAGAUCCAAGCAGCUUCAGGUAGCGUGAAAUACAACGGGCCCAUGGACUGUGUGAAGCAACUCUACAAAGAGAGUGGAAUCCGGGGAAUCUACAAAGGCACAGCAUUGACCCUCAUGAGAGAUAUACCAGCCAGUGGGAUGUAUUUUAUGACGUAUGAGUGGCUUAAACACAUCCUAACACCAGAGGGAAGGAGGAUGAGUAUUGAGAUACCAGCUGGUUUAACGGACUUAUUGAAAGGCUAUACUGUGGAGGUGCUUCGAUCCAGACCACCGGACCUGGUGGAGUUUGCCAUUCAAUAUUUCAGCCGUCUGAAAGAAAGUAACACUUCGCGUCCAACUUCUCGGCCACUCAACCUUACCCAGUCGCAGACUGAGCGCAAAGUGGUAUCGUUCGAGGAGGAUGCGCAACCAAGCGAGCUCAGUGCAGAUGAAGAGGACGACGAGUUUUCCGACGAACUCCACUUUAAACCUCCUCCUCCAAAGUUCAACCGUCGAGUAUCUGUGUGUGCUGAGGCAUAUAACCCAGAUGACGACGAGGACGAUGGCAAUGAACCACGCAUAGUUCAUCCCAAAGCUGACCAGCAACGGCAGAGGCUACAGGAGGCCUGUAAAGACAUCCUGCUGUUUAAAACCCUCGAUCCGGAGCAGUUCUCUGAAGUCCUGGAUGCUAUGUUUGAGGUGCUUGUCAAGCCUGAGGAGCAUAUAAUAGACCAAGAGGAUGAUGGGGACAACUUCUACGUCAUCGAACGGGGGGUGUAUGAUAUUCUGGUAAAAAAGGAUGGAGUAAAUAUCUGUGUGGGUAAAUAUGACAACAAAGGCAGCUUUGGGGAGCUGGCCCUCAUGUAUAACACACCACGGGCUGCCACUAUCAUUGCUAAACAGCAGGGGGCACUGUGGGCUCUGGACCGUGCCACAUUCCACAGGCUGAUUGUUAGAAAUAACGCCAACAAGAGGAAAAUGUAUGAGGCCUUUGUUGAAAGUGUACCUCUUCUCAAGAGUCUUGAGUUGUCUGAACGAAUGAAGAUUGUGGAUGUGUUGGGAAUGAAAUCCUUUAAAGAUGGAGAGCUGAUUAUCUCGCAGGGGGAUGAGGCUCAUUGUUUUUACAUUGUGGAGUCUGGUGUCGUGAAGAUUAUGAUGAAGAGCAAAACCAAGGCAGGUCCAAUGGCCAAUGAGGAAGUCGAGAUUGCCCGUUGUUCCAGGGGCCAGUAUUUUGGGGAGCUGGCACUAGUCACUAAUAAGCCACGUGCUGCAUCUGUGUAUGCAGUGGGAGAGACCAAGUGCUUGGUGAUGGAUGUGCAGGCAUUUGAGCGUCUGCUUGGUUCCUGUAAGGAGAUCAUGAAGAGAAAUAUUGCCUCCUACGAGGAGCAGCUAGUGGCCCUCUUUGGCUCCAGUGCUGACUUGCGGAACUAGCCUACGGAUUUAAAUGUUUGCAAUGUCGUGACAGGCAACCUUUUUUGUGACAUGAAACAGCUUAAUUUGAUCUUUUGUUUGUUCCAACAGUGUGUCUUUACAGAGAAUAACCUAAAUUGUAGGAUUUAAAGCAACACCAAAGAGUUUUUUGUACCUUCAAAUAUUGUUUCCAAAAUCGUUUUAGUG